AAAGUCAUUACACCACAAUCAUCCAUCCUCGUUCCACUGAAUCUGUCUGCAUCUCUGAACGUCAUUCAAGUCGAGUCAGCUUUUUUUCUAUAGUGCUUUAUACAAUACAGAUGGUUUCAAUCAUUGUAAUUAUUGUUAUUAAUGAUCCAGUAUGAAUUAAAGAGAACACUUCUGGUUUGUGUGUGGGGGGGUACAUUGCUUAAAGAGUCUUUCCUGUGGUGCUGGGAUUGAAUUAAACAUGACAAAACUGAAACUAAAGAUUACUUUGAGAGAUCGAAAUUUAACACAAAUACAUUUGAUAGACACUUUUAUACAAAGCAGCUCACAUUGCAUUCAAGGUAUAGAUAUUUUAUCAGGUCGAGCAUACCCUGGGAAUCAAACCCAUGACCUUAGGGUUGCUAGCGCCAUGAUCUACAGGAACAACACGAUAACAGUCACAGUUCACCUUCUUAAGUUAAAUGACUGAAUGUGGUCAAUCUUUAGCCAGUCUUUUUAUUACAGAGAGCAAAGGUCUGUUUCUGUCUGAGCCUGUUAACAUAUACUAUCACACACGACUCAAGGGUAAGUGACUCUAACAUUCAUCUAUAAAGGGGCUUUUUUUCUUAAAGAAAACAUUCUAAUUCAGUUCAGCUUAAGCAGCGCAUGAACGUGAUAUAAUAAUGUUCGGUCAGGUUCAGGAGAUAUUAUCCAUGUUUAUCAUUUCAAACAAGAAAUCAAAAUCAAAGUUCUACAAUAAUUUUGACUAUAAUUUUAACUAAAAGCUGAUGUUCAAUGCUGAUUAUGAUAUGAGGCAAAAAUCCCAAAUGCUACCACAACUUGGUUCAUCUAGAUUCAAACUGUUUUCUUAACUUCAAAGGUACAAAGAGGCGCUGAAAUGAUCCAUUCAAUGCAAUUUCAUUUCUAUAUAUGAAGAAUUAACUGUAACAACUACAAAAAAGUGUUUGAUAUUUCAUUUUCAUAAGUCAAUUCAGUAUGACACUGACAUAAUUUGAAAUAUAACUGAACAUGUAAUAAAUCAAAUGCAGAUGAUACGCUAUGCCAGUCGUGUCAAUCAAGACGGAUGGGUGGAGCUUUAUUUUAUAGCGCUUUAUCCAAUACAGACUUUUCAAAGCAGCUUCACAGUGGUAAACAGGCAUCUACAAAUCAAUGAGACAAAUUCAAAUUCUGCUGUAAAGUCAGUAGUGUCAUUAAUCAGCUCAGUGUUGGUUCAGUUCAGCUCAAUAACUGUAAAGUUCAGCAAUAUGAAAUGAGUUAAAUUCAGCUAUAAGAUGCAGUACUGAAGACAAUAAUGUCAUUAUCCAAUGCAACUGAGUGAUGCAUCACGGCAAGAAAACAGCCCUCGCUCCUCUAGAGAACACUGGGAGACUUUGUGCCUCAUGCCAGCCAGGACAGACCAUGAGUAUCUCUGUGGCUGAUGGGAGAUAACAUAAUAAAACGCCAAACACAAGCAGAGAGACACGGGACGGCAGCAUGCUGAUAGGAGAGUGACUUGUCUGCACAAAGAUCCUCUUUGUGUGACGCUCAUGAAGAGGGUUUUUACUCUCAAGAACCUUCUUCAUGACAACAUCUCACGACAGACAGGAUAAUUUAGCAAGCAUUCUCUUUCCUCUUAUGGACAGGGCACGGGUUUGUUUGGUUGAUGCAUUGCUGUUAUCACAGGUGACUGAGAGAUCAUGGCCGGGACGGGGGUGCAUGUGGUCUGGAUGGCAGCAGUUCUAAUGAGCUCAGGGGCGAUCGCACAGCGGGUGGACAGGAACAAUGCUUCUCUGGCAAGAAUUCCUACAAGCGAACCUACAAACCUCACCGAACUGAUCCUGAGCCAUAACUCUCUUGUGAUGUCUGAAUCGGAUAUAAACACCUUACUGAAGUAUCCCAGGAUUAGGGUGCUAGACCUUUCCUACAACCUCAUAGAGUCACUGCUGCAGGGAGCUUUUGACAGCCUCACAAACCUGGAGACACUUAACCUGAAGGGAAAUGAACUGCAAACCCUUGACAAAGACAUCUUUAAAGGACUGACAAAACUGAAGAGUUUGGAUUUGGAGGAAAAUCCAUGGAACUGCUCCUGCUCGCUCACAAGUCUCAUCAAACAGCUGAAUGACUCUGGCGUAUCAACAGGCAGAGAAGUCACUUGUUACACGCCCCAGAAAACAGCUGUCCUUGAUGGAAACACUUUCUGCUUAAAUCAAGUGAAAACUAGUUCAGCGCCGCUGCCAACCACAGAGCCAAGCAACAGCAGUCAUGUCUACAACUCCAGCAAAGGGUUCAUUGCGAGUGAUGGAGGGACGGCGAAAGGAAGCAACAGCUGGAAGUUCCUGCUUGGUGUAGUGGCUCUAACUCUCAGCACUUCCAUGCUCAUUGUGUGCGCCGUCAAGUCACCCUCUUGGUACAAACUUCUGUUCAAUUAUCGGCACCAGAGGCUCCGUGAGGAUGUGGAGCCUAGUGUCUUCAAUACCGGACGCUUUUCCAACUUUAGCUUGGACACGCAGCAGACGGAGACGAGCGCUCAGGAUCUGGACGAGGGCAUGGACCAUGGGCUGAGCGUGGAGCCUUUUGAAGAUGAUGAUGGCUUCAUAGAGGACGGUUACAUUGAGCCAGGGAACUACAACGAACACUCGGAUGCUAACCAUGAGUCGUGAGCGGAUCUCUGGCCUCUGUGGAUCUCAGGGUUCGGCACAUUGGUGGAGAAAUUAAGCUACGAGUUUUUGCAUGAACAAACUGUGAGGAUCCUUUUUCCCCCAGUGCAGUAGUGCAAUAUGAAACACAAAGAUCACUGAACUGGAAUUGCAAAUGCAUGCAUCUCAGCAUGUUGAAACAUUUCUUCUUUGGUGUUUCUGUCUUGUUUUCCAGCACAAAUAUCUAAACACUCUUAAAUCAAGAUACAUUCACUGGAGAAGAGAAAUGACAAUGAGAAUAUUACAAUUUAUCCAAAUUAACUGACGUCAUACUUAGAAAACAAGUUUAUUUUUGGCAGAUUUUGUUUUUUUCUUGCUUUAAGCACACAAUUUUCAGAAAUCAAGUCUUAAUAUCUUCAGUAAAAUAUCCAGUAAAUAUACCCUGAUUUAAGAAUGUUUAGAUAUUUGAGCUGGAAAACAAGAACAUCCUUUUUUUUUUUUUUUUUUGCAGUGAAUGCUGUCAUUGCACUUUAUAACAUAGUAAUUCAAAAACGUAUUUAAAAUUUUCACAAUAUUUUGCCCAAUAUCCUAGAAAUAUUUUGCAUGUAGUUUUGCUGCAAUAUGUAAAAUCGCUCAUUUAAAAGGAGGUUUUGGUGUGAUUUAUCUGACUCUUGUAGCUCCAGUUUGUUGAGGAGGGUUAAACACAGAUCAGCUGCUGCCCUCUAGAGCACAAACACUGCAAAUGACUUACUUGUGAAGAAACAAAA